AUGACAUUGGAUUAUGACUGUCUUGGUUUUGCUGAUACGGAGUUUGAACCUCAGACAUAUUUCUCUUUUAAUGAGUUGCUCGACUCUGAAGAUGCUGGUGGUUCAACUGGAGCUGAAAUAUCAGAAAUCCCAACAGAAAUUUGGGAAAAUCCAUCCGGAUUCCCACAAAAUGAAGCUCUCAAGAUAUCUUAUAAUAAUGAAGAACCUGUGAUAUCUAUUGACAUCGAUCUCCAUAUUCCUUGUCAGAUUUGUUCCCACACUGAUCCUUUCCCGGACCUUUCUUGUCAGAUAUGUGGUGUUUGCAUUUAUAGCCAUUGUUCUCCAUGGGACCAGCAGUUGCCUCAGGAGGACGGCUGGAGGUGUGGCAGUUGUCGGGAAUGGAGUUUGUGGUUUUUGAUGUUUGGCGAGGGGGUCUCUAUUGUUUGA